AUGUCCCGCCGGCAGCUGCGACGAGAGGGUCUCCAACCCGAGAACGGACUGGUUAGUCAACCCACAUCCCUCACGAACUGGAUCGCUGUCCUCUGGGGCGUACAGAACCAGUGUUUCUGCAACGCAGACGCUUCUGCAGCGCUUGUCUGUCGGUCAGUGGUCGGAUUACACCGCGUCUUUACCAGUCGUAUGGCGUCUUCUCUUGCCAGUCGACCGACCUUAUCGGGUUUCCCUUUGCUCACUGCCGAGGAAUUCAAAACUGCCUGUCACGCCUUUCUAGAUCGGAUUCACGUGGUGGAUGAUACCAAGGUGGGAUGGUCCUCCAUCCGUCUCGAUCAGCGGGCAACCGGGCCCAUCUUGAGUAUUGCAAGGGAUAUCGGUCAUGUGGGUACUCGUGAUCGCGACGAGCCCCUCCCGGACCCAGAGAUGAUCGAAGAACUACAGUGGGAGGCCUCGGAAGAAGAUCCCGAAGCUCUCAUUCGUGCGCCCGAGACGAGUGUCCGUUUACAGGUAAUUUAUUAUAUUCUGCUUUCUCCCACGUACCACGUCCCUGUCUUGUAUUUCCAAUUACGGCAGGACAACCAUCCGGGGCCGCUGGGAAUUGACGCGGUCUACCAACACCUGGUACCGGAACAAUACAGAAAGGAACUCCAGAGCAUUGGCAUCAUGGGUGGUAUUAGUUUUGGCUAUCAUCCAGACUCCGGAACUCCAGCGUUUUUCGUUCAUCCAUGCCAAACAACGGAUGCGAUGAGGCACAUUGCAGGACAGCUCUGUCUCACUCCCGAGACUUAUCUCAUGAUUUGGCUCGGGUUGGUGGGUAACCGUCUCGGUCUUCAGCUGCCAAAGGAACUCUUCACAGUCGAAGGCAUGAAGACAUUCCAAGGCACUGCGUCACACAGUUUAGAUUGA